AUGGGCAAUGCAGAGCGCGUACAGAGAGCUGGAGAAUUCAAGAACAUUGGCAAUGAAAAGUUCAAGUCUGGCAACCUCAUGGAAGCUCGAGACUACUACCGUGAAGCCAUUGUCUACGUGGAGGAUUUGGUGGAUGCACGGCGCAAGGAACGGAAUGAGUUGCUGAUGCCGUUGUACUCGAACUUGGCUCAGGUCUACCUUCGAUUGGAGGAGCACACCUCGGCAGAAGAUGUGUGCACCAAAGCCUUGACCAUUGCAGAUCUUCCGAAGAAUGCGGUGCCAUCCGCUUUGAAGGCGAAGGCCCAUUUCCGCCGCGCUGUGGCGCGCCGGAACCUGGGAGAAUCGGAGGAAGCGCGGGAGGACUUGCAGGCGGUCUUGCGACUUCAACCUGACCAUGCAGAGGUGUUGAAAGAAUUGGCCGUGGUGAAGAGCCAACUAGCAGAGAAGCACAAACAGCAAAAAGCCGCCUGGGGUGGAUUCCUGCAGAAGGAGUGCGGGCACAGCGACCGCCAAGAGCGACAGCGCCAAGCACUGGAACGGCGAAAGGAGAGGCUGCGAAAGGCAGAAGAACGGCAGCAGAUGGAGGGCGCUUUUGAAAAGUUGUCCAAAGGGAAGAUGCUCUAUGCAGCUCGAGAAAAAGAGAUGGAGCCAGUGAGAAAGAAGGAAGAAGAAAAGAAGCAAACACUGGAGUUGGAGCAGCAGCUCCUGAACAUCAUUGACGAAUCCAAUGGAAAACCAAAGACCGAGAAGUUCGAGGAGUUCAUGAAGCAAAAAGAAGCCCGGGCCAUGGAACAGAGCAGCGAAUUGGACCAGAAGAAGAAGGUCUUGGAUAAGGUGAAAAAGGAAGAGCAAUGGGCCGAGGAUGAUCAAUGGCGACAAGAACGCUUGAACCAUCGUCAGCAGAUCCAAAGUCGCCCGAGCCCAGCGGCGCGGCAGAUGUGGGAAGCCAAACAGGUGGACCGCUGGUGCCAGCAACGGCUGCGAGAGAUGCUGGUGCCGGCCACCGUACAGCUGGAAGAUGACUCCCUGCAGAAACUGGCCACGAAGGAGUUGUUUGAGGUGCCUGAAGCUCCAGUGUUGCGGGCGCUGAUUACUGACGUGUUGAAGUUGGAAGGAGAUGCCUCCGUGAUCCAGCUCAAUGCGAAUAAAAAGCCCUUGCACUAUUUCGACUACUUCCUCAAAAUGGAUUGGGAAGUUCACAUCUGCAGUUUGCACGAGAGCUCCUACCGUCCAGCCGAAGAACUGAUCACUGAAGCAGCCCAUGACCAUGAGCAGAAAGCCCCAAAAUCUGUGGCUAAGAACAUGGUCGUGGGCGGCACAGUCAAAAUUCGGGAGUUCAGUUCAGAGGAGAUUCCUGGGGAUGGCCUCUCAUGGCCCUUAGAAGUGAAGGAGAAACGCCGCGUUCGGACGGGUGAAGGCCUUCCAAAGUUGAUCGCCAUGUCGGAAACGUUGCGGGAAAAACUGUUCCAGGAAGUGAAAGAAAUUCUGGGGCGAUGGAUCAAGGAGUACCAAGACUACUGGGGCUGCGGACAAGAUCCGGGUUGUUGA